AUGGAGUGGGGAUGGUUGUCGGAGAAGACGAGGGGGUGGGGUGGUGAUGAUGGCAGCGGCAAUGAUUUGAGGGUCUUGAAUUUGGAUAUGGAUGGUUUAAAUGGGCUUUUGGUGAAAACCGACCUAGAUUCUUCAAGUUCACCCUCUUUUGGUGAAAGCUUUGUGCUAUUUUUUGAAACUAAUCGGUAUUUUGAUCUUCCAUUCUGUUCCCUAGCUCAUGUGACCGAUAAGAAAGAAACUCUUGGUGAAUUCUUGAACGGAGAUCAUUUAGUCAGUGCUCCCUACAAGCUUGAGUUCUUAGGUGUGAAAGACUAUGAGGUUGUCUACAAAAAGAAGUUGUCUAAGGAGGAGGUAGCUCAGUUCCAAAAUGCAAUCACUAAGGACUACUACUUCCAGAUGUACUAUGAUGAUUUGCCAAUGGGUGGGUUCAUUGGAACAGUGUACAUUAAAAAGGAUAUAGAGGAAGGCAAGACUGACCCCAGUGACUUCAAGUACUUCCUUUAUAAUCACAUUUAUUUUGACAUUUCCUACAACAAGGAUCUUGUUAUCGAAAUUAAAGUCCAAAUUUUCCCAUUUAACUUGGUAGAUCUCACCGAGGAGAAGGAAGUUGAAGUCAAAUUCGCCUACUCAGUGACAUGGAAUGAAACCACCAUUCCUUUUGAGAAGAGGCUGGAUAAAAACUCGUUGUUUUAUUCACUGCCUCAUGACUUUGAUUUGUCUUCAACUAUUAAUUCAUGUGUUACAUUUCUUUCCGUUACUGGGAUUCUAGCAACCAAACUCAUGCUAGUACUCAAUAAAGAUUUUGUCAGAUAA